AUGAGCCAGACACUAACAAUCUGUCACCACAACUGCACCCCAUCUAUCAGGCACCCACCCAGCCACGGCCCUCACCCACCCAGGGCCCUCACCCACUCAAGGCCCUCACCCACUCAAGGCCCUCACCCACCCAGGGCCCUCAUCCACCCACGGCCCUCAUCCACCCACGGCCCUCACCCACCCAGGGCCCUCAUCCACCCACGGCCCUCACCCACUCACGGCCCUCACCCACCCACGGCCCUCACCCACUCAAGGCCCUCACCCACCCACGGCCCUCACCCACUCACGGCCCUCACCCACCCACGGCCCUCACCCACCCACGGCCCUCACCCACCCACGGCCCUCACCCACUCACGGGCCUCACCCACUCACGGGCCUCACCCACUCACGGGCCUCACCCACUCACGGGCCUCACCCACUCACGGGCCUCACCCAUCCAACCAGGCUCUCACCCAUUUGUCUCUCGCACCCCACAGAGCUGGGUCUCGGACUGAACCAGCCUCGGACUCAGUGUUGCCAACUCCUCAAGGCGUGUCCUUGUGCAGGGCUGCGGUGCUGCGGCGCUCUCUAAGUUAUUGUCCAAUAAAAGGCUUUGGCGCCACGAGAGAGGAGCAUGUCACCGCGGCUGUCUGCCCCAGUCUGCAGUCACCGUCUGCCCCAGGCCACAGCUCACCCAUCACCACCCAAAACCCUGGCCCUGAACCUGACCCGGACCCGGACCUCUGA